UAAGCAGCUUGAUAUUUGUCUCCUGCAGAAUCCAGGAGUCAGAGUCAAAUGUCAUUCUCCCAUGGAGAUUCAGGAGUCCACGCCCCAGCCAUCUACUCGCUUAGAUUCCCAGGAUAAAGUAGUCAGUCCUCAUCCCAAGUCUCCCUCGGAAUCCAGGAGUCUCUGUCUUAGGCCCCAGUGUUCAAUACCCUACUCCUUUGGGCGCCUUGAGUCCUGCUGUCUCCAUGGCAGGCUCAGAAGAGCUGGAACUCCGGGAGGAUACGCUGAGAGUCCUAGCUGCCUUUCUGAGGCGGGGUGAGGCUGCCGGGUCCCUCACUCCCUGUCCGCCCAGGAGCCCUGCCCAAGUGGAGCCGAGAGACUUCCUGAGUCGCCUUCGAAGAUGUCUUCCCUGCCCCCUGGGCCAAGGAGCUGUUCCUCCUGAGUCUUCUCGGCCUUGUUCUCUGCCCCUCCGCCCCUGCUAUAGCUCAGAACCUGACCCAGCUACUCCUGACUUCUAUGCCCUGGUGGCCCAGCGGCUGGAACAGCUGGUCCAAGAGCAGCUGAGAUCUCCGCCCAGCUCAGAAUUGCAAGGGCCCCCACCCACGGAGAAGGAAGCCCUGCUUCGGAGGCUGGUGGCUUUGUUGGAGGAGGAGGCAGAAGUCAUCAACCAGAAGCUGGCGCUGGACCCCGCCUUGUGCCACAAGCUGGCUCGCCUGUCCACUGGCUCCUUCGCCCGCCUUGUGGAGCUGUUCUCCAACCGGGAAGGCAGUCCUGGCCCGAGCUGCACCAUCUCCUCGCUACCGUGCCCAGGGCCCCCACCGCCUUCCCCGGAGCCCUUGGCCCGGCUGGCCCUGGCCAUGGAGCUGAGCCGGCGCGUGGCCCGGCUGGGAGGUACCCUGGCUGGACUUAGCGUGGAACACAUACACAGUUUCACACCCUGGAUCCAGGCCCAAGGAGGCUGGGAGGGCAUCCUGGCCGCGUCCCCAGUGGAUCUGAACUUACCCUUGGACUGAGCUGAUCCUCAGAAGCUGCUGCAAGACUGGACCUUAAGCCCUGCCUGCUUCAUUGGCUUUUCCAAUUUUUUUUCUCUCCUCAGGGCUGUGGGGUGGUGGCUACCCUACUUCAUUUGCCAAAAAGAAUUUGUUUAAAACUACGUAUUAAAGUUUUUUUAGAGUA